ACUGUGGGGCGCUGUUCUUCCUGCUGUGUGUGUGUUUGCUAAGCGCCGCCCGGCUCCCUCCCUCCCCGGCUCCCUCCCCCCCUGUGUGCUGCUGACUCCAGGCUCAGCGAAGACGCCCUUAGCAACAACACACAGCUGCGUCGAAUAAGAUACUCGCACCACAGAGAACACGGAUUAAACACCGCUGCUUUGUUGCUCUGAGCGCAGGUGAAGCUUUUUCUGCGAGAGCGGGUUGUCACUGCAGCUAACAUGGGACUCGAAUACAGCUAACGAGUUAGCCUAUUCGGGCUAACCACCACCGAAGAAGAGCGAAGCGACCCCGCAGGCUGCCCCGAAGGAGGACACGAUCCUGGGGCUCGACGAGUGCUAACACCGCUAACUACAAAGUGGGCUCUCCGGGACUAAGAACGGGAAUGGUGCUCUGGAUUGACUCACUGUAUCGACAGAGAGAGGCGAGGGGCACACGGGCCAGACCACCAAGCUGUAACAUUUGGACUCAAACUAUUUUUAACAGAGGGAGCGGCUCUCCGUCGGACGACUGUUUUUGUGGCUGUGCAAGCUAGCUGGCUAGCUAGCCGAGGGAAACGACCCCCCACCGUCUGCUCAGGCUAACGUUAGCCGGGGCAGCACGCUGAAUAAACACACCUCUGUGGUCGUGAUAAACACAGAAACAACACAGUGAAAGCAGAGCAGGACGCUUACUAACUACCAGAGAAAAAACACUUGAGUUUUUGGGUUCUGGUUUCACCGAAAACACCAAAGCCAGAGUUGUCGAACUCAACUUUUUUUUUUCUCCAAAGUUUUUAAAUAUAUUUUUUUUGAGUGACUGUUUUUGUUUUCCACUUUUGUUCGGGAUUUUUCUUCCACUUCGGAUGCUGGCAUCAAAUAUUAAUUGCAAUCAUGAUGAUAAUAAGCAGAAAACCAGAGGGCCCAAUAGCAACAGCACGCCACGGAGACGGCCUUUAUGACUCUUACAUGAGGACAGACCACAUCCUGAAAGACGAGGCCGACACUAACAGUCCGCCUGGGCUGCCCCCUAUGCCCAAACACACAGCUGUCAGUAACAAAGUUGUAAUGAAGGAUCAGGUAACCGUGCGAGGCAGCCAGCUGAAGGUCAAGUAUCUAUAUGAAGACUCCACCAACAACCGAAAGAUCAAUGCCAUAACUACAGCAACCACUCAGAACAGCGGGACCACUGGUCAGACCCCCAGUAAACCGGCCCCCGUCUCCAGCCUGUCCAAGGAGCACAGCGUAGACAGCACCGAGUCCAGUAAAGGCUCCAGUGAGUCCUCUGGCCCACACGGAGGGAACAGCGGGAAGCUGUGCGGCCCCCUCAGUCCCGAUCAGGCUCUGAGACUGUACAGAUCUCAGCUGACCUCCCUGGAGCAGAGCGAGAUCCACUCCUACCCCGACAUCUACUUUGUGGGACCCAAUGCCAAGAAGAGGCCUGCUGUUGCUGGAGGCAACAACAACUGUGGCUACGAUGAUGAGCAGGGGGGAUACAUUCAUGUCCCCCAUGACCAUCUGGCUUACCGCUACGAGUUCCUCAAGAUUAUCGGUAAAGGUAGUUUCGGCCAGGUUGCGAAGGUGUACGACCACAAGCUGCAGCAGCAUCUAGCUCUGAAGAUGGUGCGCAACGAGAAGCGCUUCCACCGACAGGCUCAGGAGGAGAUCCGCAUCCUGGAGCACUUGCGGAAGCAGGAUCGCAACGGCACCAUGAACGUCGUGCACAUGCUUGAAAACUUUACCUUCCGCAACCACAUCUGCAUGACCUUUGAGCUGCUGAGCAUGAACCUGUACGAGCUCAUCAAGCGCAACAAGUUCCAGGGCUUCAGCCUGCCGCUGGUCAGGAAGUUUGCACACUCCAUCCUGCAGUGCCUGGAGGCCCUGAACCGGCACAGAAUCAUCCACUGCGACCUCAAGCCGGAAAACAUCCUGCUAAAACAGCAGGGACGCAGCGGCAUCAAGGUGAUUGACUUUGGCUCCAGCUGUUUUGAACACCAGCGGGUCUACACCUACAUCCAGUCUCGUUUCUAUCGAGCUCCAGAGGUGAUCCUCGGCUCACGGUAUGGCCUCCCCAUCGACAUGUGGAGCUUCGGCUGCAUACUGGCCGAGCUGCUGACCGGCUACCCUCUGUUCCCCGGCGAGGACGAGGGCGACCAGCUGGCCUGCGUCAUGGAGCUGCUAGGCAUGCCAUCGCAGAAGGUCCUGGAGCAGGCCAAACGGGCAAAGAACUUCAUCAACUCCAAGGGCCACCCUCGCUACUGCGGAGCCAGCACCCUGCCCACGGGGGCCACUGUGCUCACAGGGUCUCGCUCUCGUCGCGGCAAGAUGAGAGGUCCUCCAGGCAGCAAGGAGUGGAGCGCCGCACUCAAGGGCUGCGAGGACCCCACCUUUACUGACUUCAUAAAGAAGUGUUUGGACUGGGACCCUUCGUCCCGACUCACCCCCAGCCAGGCUCUCAGACACCCGUGGCUGUAUCGGCGCCUACCUAAGCCCCUACCAGGGACCGAUAAGAGCCAAGGGGCCACGGUGAAACGGCUGCCGGAGCACCACAGCACCUCCUUCCCCUCUAUUCUGGCCAAAGGGGGGCCUGUUUUAGGCACCACAGCAGCCAACAACAAACUGAGGAGCAACAUUAUGGGAAAUUCGGAGGAGGCCAUACCUCUGCGCACGGUCCUACCCAAACUUGUCUCUUAGAGAGUGAGAGAGUGAGAGAGACCUGUAACCUCCUCUAUCUCUCUCCACUUCCUUGUCCUUUGCAACCCCUCAGGAGGGGUCAGAGCACAGGAGAAAGUGGAGCCUAGGUUUUAAAAGUCGUUUGGUUGUUCUUUUAUUUGUUUUCCACUGCAAGGUGUCGACACCCCAGUUCCUGGUUUUUAAUAUUAGCUGAGCAGAAAGAGAGAGAGAGAGACAAUAAAUGAAAACAGCUAAAAAAAAAAAAAGUUUUUAUACAGAGGAUUUUCUUGAGCGGCUGUGGAGUUUCUGUAUACGGCCAAUUGAUAAGUUUUGAUUUAGAUAAUGCUUUUUAAAAACUUCCUGUGUGUGAGUGGACGGCUUGGUAAAUGAGCAAAUGUUUUUUUUUUUUAAACCUUUUAGUGUGUUGUCACGUGUUUUAGUAAAACACACUCAAGCACACCUGCACUGUCACUUGCCUCACUUGACACUCUUUCUUAACACUCAGAAGACGCCGGCCUUUUCCUGGGAGGUGUUUAUUUCUGAGUGAAUCUCAAAAAGGGCUACAGAUUUUUACUGUUAUCAGGUCAGAUAUGGCAUGCAAAGAUUUGUUCAGCAAACACAAUUUGAAAAAGAUUAUGCUUCAGCGUUUCGGCCCUGCACGCACAGCCAGACUUAUCCCUCAGAAAUACGACUUUAAUGCCUUUACACGUGGAAUAGCAUUACGACUAAUUGGGACAACAGAUUUUAGCAAUAAGCACUCACUUCUUUGUCCUUUUCUAACUGCACCUGUUAUCUACCUUUCCUAAACCCCUGGUGCUUGCAUGUCAGCUCAAUAUGUGACGUUCAUGUGUGUGUGUGAGUGUGUGUGUGUGAGUGCGCGUGCUUUAGCUCCCUACUGUGGGAGACAGUGAGAGGCAGCAGGACAACCUAUUUACAGCCUUUGUCCCCCUCAGCUAAGUGAGAAGAGAGAGGGCGGGUUGGGGAGGACAUUAGCACCACUUGAACUGUCAUGGAGGUGUCAACGUCAAACUCAGUACUUCACAGCCUGGAUGUAUGCAUUGAUAUAUAUAUAUAUAUAUAUGGAGCGAGCAAUUGCACAUACACACAUAUGAUGGCUUUGGGAAGUUAGUUAGAGUGUCACCUGCCCAUGCUUGUUAACAGCCGCUGUGAUUAUUGGCGGUGAUGCAUUAAUCCUAAAAGAGAAGUGAAAUGUGAGAAAUAAAAGGAUUUAUAAUGAGCCAAGAAGAGUUGACAGGGUGGGCCAGUGACAAAAGAAGGUUUUUUUUUUGUUUUUUUUACGGUACUGAAGAAAGUGUUUCUCAGGGAGACUUACUUGAUACAUCCCUUAAUCUUAUAUUAACUGUGUUCCACUGACUGUCCUGACUGUGGAAGAACAUGCAUGCAGUUCUGUCCACUGAGAGUGAGAGAACGCGUAUACUAGUGCUCCUGCGAAAGGGGGUCUGCAUGCUCCACAAUCUGACCUAGAUUCUCUCUCCUCCCCCCUGCCACCACCACCACCACCACCAACAACUCUUUCUCUCGUGCUCCUCUUCCUCUUGUCUCAUGUAGGGCAGGGAACCUCUUAAACUCACACAUGUACAAUGAAUUACGGUGCUGUCCAAAGUCUACACAUACAUACACACACACACACACACACACACACACAGACGCAGAAUCACAUCAGGUGCAUGUUGUAUGGACCACACCACUCAAAGAGUUCUUUCUCUCGUCCCUCGAAGUGAAAGUGUCAGGGAUUUCUACUCUGUCUCCAUUUUUUUUUUAUAGAAGUGGUUUCUAUUUGCUACACAGUCCAGAAUAUCAGAGGAUGUAAACAGCAAAAAAAAAAAAAAGAGAGGAAAAAGAAAGUUGUGUACUGUCAUGUUGUACUAAUGGUGUGCGUUAGUAGGAGGGUGUUUGGUGUUCCAGCAUGAAAUCACAACCUGUUAUCAGACCGAGUGACUAUGAGAAGAGAAACUGUACAGUAACCAAAUGAAGUUGUGAUAGUUUCUUUUUCUAAAGAAAAUAAAAAUGAUUAACUGAAAA